AUGGUGCCCACCCGCGGCGGCCCACCCCGCCUGCCCUGGGCGCCACACGCGGAUCCAUACGUUCGUGGACGUGCGCCCGCGAGCCUGCCGCGUGUGCCGCGCAACGCUGAGCCCUGCCUGGGGCCAGGUCCAGCGCGGGUGCCCGGUCCCUCCAUCCGGGGGCCGCGAUUCGCGAGCGUCGCCGUGAAAUGCGGCGGUCCCGCUGGCCGGUCGCGCGCCGCGGCGGUGCUCGGUUGGCCCGGGCGCGCGUUCCGGCUUAUCGUUCCGUGCGUUCACGCGACCCCAACUCUCGCUUGCGUGGUUGGCAGACGUUUGCGCGGCGCCCGCGACGCGUCUGCCGGGCGGCGAGAACAAUAUGGCGGGCUCCGCGCGAUAUGCCGCGCGGCAUCGUGGCUGUCUUCGCCCGCUGUACACCGGCGCGUUGCGCGCGCGCGGUCAGAAGACAGCCCGCGACGCCGUUCCACCCCUCUUGCCCUGACCGUUGGUCCGCCCCGUGCGCCGGCCGUCCCGGCUUCGCCUCUGACGGUCGCCCCUCGGCGCCGACGGCGCGGCUCCGCCCUGCCAUCCGCCGCUCCGCGUCCGCCUGCACCGUCCCGGCCGGCGACCUCGCUGAGAGCCCCCCGCGGGCACCGUGCCGGCUGUCCGCGCGACUCGGCCAACCUCCCCUGCCCUCCCAACCGGCCAUCGCUAGGAGGCGCGUGCGCCGCAGCAUGUCAGCGCGACCCCGCCGGCGGCAGACCCGUGCGGCAGUUCGGACGCGGGCCUUGGCCGCGGCUAGGGCCCGCGCAGAGCGCCGCCCAUCGGACGCGUGCGCAUCCGCCGCGCGACCAAUCGGCUCCCACCGGCCGGCGAAGAGGCCGCCCACCGCUGCUCGGUAGAUGGCCGCGCGAUUUCGAGGGUCCCCUGGCUCGCGAGCCGGGCCCCUGGGCCCCUACCUGGCAAGCGACGCGAUUGCCGCGGCCUUCCAUAGCUCGCGACGCCCGCGCGAUGGGUCGCAGACCACCGGGGGCGCGCCUCACCACUAGGAGGGCUCCAGCCUGGCCACAUCUCCCAGCCCGCGGUUGGCCACCCGCGCCCCAGCUGCGACGGCCCCUCCGGCAAAUCACGGCCAGAGCUCGCGCCGCGGUUGGGGCGCAGGCGCCUCCCAGAGGGCCCGUCGCGGCGGGACGCCCGGCCGCUAGCCUUGCCCCGCGGCGGCGCGGGAACGCCAUCCCGAGCCGUAAUCCCGGGCGGUCCCUCGCCGCGAGCGACCCCCACCGGCGUCACGCCACGGUCAGUGUAGUGUUUACGCCUGGGGUGCCUCCCCCCCGCCGCGACCCCACCGCGAGCGGCGCGUGCGACCUCGCGCGCCGACCCUGCCUUCAUCGCGCUUUGGACGGACGUAGCCGCGCCCAGGGCCCGUGCAGCGCGAGCGGCGCCGCUUACGGCGGGCGCGCGACCGGUGUCUUGCUUCGCCGCGAUCCGGCCCGUGCGGAGCGCCCCGCGGCGCCAGCCCGGCCGCCCGGCGGGCGCAUGCGACGCUCCGGCGACGCGGUCCCGCGAUCCGAUCAUUGGGGCCACGCCCUGGGCUGUUGGACGCGACGUCGGCCCGAGCGUCCUUCUACCUUCGAGCCGGCGCUCCGCGCGCCGUCGGGCCCGGGGCCCGGUGGGAGUCUGCCGGGGCGACCCUGGCCUAGCGCGCGAGCGCCGCGACGCCCAGCGUGGGUCCGUUCCGCACGCAGCGCGACGGGCCCGCCGCGGCGGGCGCCGCGACGCCCCGGCCCACGCGCCGGGCGGAUCCCCGCGUACGCCCCCACCGGCGAGGAGCCGGCCGCGCCCCCUGCCGCGAUUUGCGCAGUGGCCUGGCGGGGGAAACUGCCUCUGCGCGUCACGCCUCUUUGUCCCCCCGCGACUCACCGCCCGGGGCCCACUCCCCGGGGGCUCUCGUUCACGCCGCGCUGUACCGGCGUGUCGCGCUCCAGGCCUACCGCGCGCGACCCCGGCGAUCGUCGGUCCGCGGCCCCCCCGUGCGAUCCUGCAGGUCGUCGGCGCGACGCCCCUCCGGCGCGGGCGACUCGCACUCCGGCCACCAGCAGCAUCGGGCCGUCUGGAUCAGCCCGGCCCGUGGCUGACGCGGACGGUUCUCUGCCGUUGCCAUCAGUCGCGACUCGCGGCGCGAAUUCCGCAUUCGGCGCGGUGCCUCCGCCACGCGACGGGGCCUCCACCCUGCGAUCGCGACGGCGAAAGGCGCCAGCUCCCGCCUCCGCGAGCCUGGCGCGACUGGCCGCGCGCUCCCGGGCGACCGUCACCUUCUCUCCGCGAUCUAGACUCGCGGCCGCCGCGCGGGAACCACCGCGUUCUAUCCCGGCGCCUCCCGAGCCCGCGCUCGCGAGCGUUCUACGCCGCGGGGGCCGCACUCACUGCCUCGGGCCUGAGGACGCGAGGGCCGUGGCGUCGGGGUCGGUGCGUACCUGGCGGCCGCAGGUGCAGGCUCCGCGGCCCGACGCGGCCGCUCGCUGGGCCCCGUUCACGGGCGCGCCCGCAACUCCCGCCGCCUGGACUGCCCGUCGCGUCCCAGCGAUCCGCCGUCGUGGUCCUGUGUCCACGCCGCCGGCCAGCUUGCCCACUCGGCUUCCGCGACCGCCCGCCCGCGCGCGCGACUGGGCCCGUUCCUCCACUGGGCGCGGCUGCGGCUGCCACCGAGCGACGCGCGCCCUGCGUCGCGGCCUGCCUGCGAGCCUCUUCCCGGUCGCUCGGGCCCGCGCCCCACACCGCGCCAAGGGCUCCUGCGAUGCCCUCGCCCCUAGCGGGCGCGCGUCGUCACUGCGGGGGGCCAAGUUCCGGUGCGGCGCGAACCCCCCCCCGCUUUCCCCAGGCUGCGCGCGCCGCCGUCUUGCGCGGGGUCCACCCGCUUUCCGCCCUCGGCGGCCGCGUGUCUGUGCCCGCGUCGCGAUACGCGCCCGCCUCCUGGUCCGUGGCGGUCGUCCCGGCCCCGCGCAGGCCUCGGCUGCCCUACCGCGGGGCGCGAGCCUCCUCGAGAUCCAGCGCGCGCGGUCACGCUGGUCUCGCGCCCCAGCCCCCCGCCCCCCCCCCCCUACAGCACACACACCCCGACAUACCUCCAUAGAUCACCACAACAUUAUAGAUUGGGAUAUGCUUUUGCUGUGUGCCCCCACCCCCACCCACCCCCCCCUCCCCUUGAAGCCGAAUUUCUUUUGCCCCCACCCUGUCUUCUCCUCAGUUCGCUGCGUCCUGCCCGCCUGUCCUCUCGCCCGGUCAUCGCACAGGCCAGCCCCGCGCCCCUGCUCUUGCGCGUCUGAUGCGCUCGCCGCCGGCCCUCUGCACCACCGGGGCGGUGCGGGCCUCUUUCGCUUUCCCGCGCGCCCAUCUCGUGUCGCGAGGCUGCCCGGACAGCCGUGCGCUCCGGCGCGCCUCGCCGUCCGCGGAUAUCCGGAUCUCGGCACCCCGCUGAGUCGUAUACGCGACCCCACCCAACCAGCCGACGCCGCGCCUCCCCGCGGCUUGCGCCCACAGCGAUCGCCCCUUCCCGCCGCCUCCGCGUCUCGCGGCUGCCGCGUCACCCCGCCGUCCUCCUCGCCGUCGCGCCCGUUCCCCGGGCCCUCCCCCCGAAUCCCUAGUUGCCGGCGGCUCCCGUCCAACCACCUCUGCACAUUCAAGUUGUUUCGUCCCAGCGUUUUCGUUUCAGGGAAAGGACAGAAUCGCAAGCAUAGACAAGAACAAACUAACGGUCUUGUCGUAGGCGAUACAAAUGCGGCGAAGAACAAUGCAUAUCAAGCACAUUCAAUGAUAAACCGCCGCAACCUACUCGCGCGCCGACGGUGA